GCGGCAGCACUUCCUGUUGUGUUGCUGCGGCAACAUGGCGCUUCUCUUGUGGCACACCGGAGGUGUUGUAACCAUCUCUCUGCUUUCCGACCAUAUCUUCUGCUCCAAAUGUCUUAUUUCUCUCUCUGGCGGUUCCAGAAACAACAAAAGUGUUGCAGAAUAGAGCAGAAGCUCUUUAGAGGAAGUGACACGCAGAGAAGAAAAUGAAACUGCAGGAAGGAAGACGCCUCACGUGACCUCAUAAUGCAGUCAUGUGAUUGAACCGCAUCAUACUGGCAUCUAAGCAUUAUUUCAUCUACAUAGUCAACAUAUUCGAAAGCCAGCAUGAUGUACACUCCUGUAGGCCGCAGGACAUGUGGAAGAAGAAGAGUGAACUUCUCCUCCCACGCGUGACGUAGUUAACAUCACCACUUCCUGCUCCUCGUAUCAGGUGCAUAGUGCAACUUUUUAGUUCAGCUUGAGGGGAAAAAAAACAGAGAAAGUAUCAAAGAUUCCGAACAUGGCGGACUCCCCCGUGGAUCUUUCCACGGCCCCCCUCGUCGUCCUCAACAUGAGCGUCAGGAAGAAGCUGGCACUUUAUCUCAACCCCAAGAACGUGGUGGCCGCCGACUGGACGCUGGUGGCGGAGGCCAUGGGCUUCUCCUACCUGGAGAUCGUCAACUACCAGAGGCUCCAGGACCCCACCUUGAGACUCCUGGAAGACUGGCAGGCGGGUCCGGCCGAGGCCACCGUGGGGAAGCUCUUGUCCAUCUUGGAGGACGUGGAACGGAGAGACAUUGUGGAGGAUCUUCGCCCUCUCAUGGAGGAAGAUGUGCGGAAGUAUCGCGAAGGUUUGAAGAAACGGGCCGAGCGCCCCCUGCAGGUCCAUGAGGUGGACAGCUGCGUGCCUCGCACCCAUGAGAAGUCUGGACUCACCCUGGGCGAUGACCCGGAAGGUACUCCGGAGCUGUUCGACGCCUUCAUUUGCUACUGCAGUAGCGACAUCGCGUUUGUGCACGAGAUGAUCCGGCAGUUGGAGCAGACGGACUACAAGCUGAAACUCUGCGUGUUCGACAGAAACGUCCUGCCCGGAUCGUGUGUUUGGACCAUCACCAGUGAGCUCAUUGAGAAGAGGUGCAAGCGGGUGGUGGCUGUCAUCUCAGAUGACUACCUAGACAGUGACGCAUGUGAUUUUCAGACCAAAUUUGCUCUCAGCCUCUCGCCUGGAGCUCGGAAUAAGCGUCUCAUCCCCGUUGUUUACAAAGGCAUGACAAAACAAUUUCCAAGAAUCCUCAGCUUCCUGACUGUAUGUGACUACACAAACCCUUGGACUCAGGCCUGGUUUUGGGAGCGGCUGGCCAAAGCUCUUUCAUUGCCAUAGUUUUGGCCAGUUAUUCAGCUAAAAAAGUUUUGGACUCAUGCAAUGUUUAUGUUACAUUUAUAUAAAUGCUCUACAAUGUUGUAUUUUUAAAAAAAUGUGAUUACUUUGAAAGCUAUUUUUAUAGAGUUUAUUUGAACCACAAUUUCACUGCCAUUUUCUGUUUCAACACUUCCUUUUCACUUGUCUCGUUGAAAGGAAAGCUAAAGAGGAAGUGUGUAUGCAGUACUGUCACAUGCUUUUUUUUACUGACUGUCUCCUGUCACUGCACCUUUACAUUUCAUUUUAAUGUGUAUAUUACAGUCAAUUUACAACAAUUUAUCACAACACACAAUGUGUAAAAUAUAUCAGGAAACGCCAUGAAUAAUGAAAUAAAAAAAUAUUGU